UGAUGAAGAAUCAGAUAAAGAACCAGACAAAGAACCAGGCAAAGAACCAGACAAAGAGUCAGAUAAUGAAUCAGAUAAAGAAAUAGAUGAAAAAAAAUUCACAAUGCAAUUGAAUUUGUAG